AUGAGGCUGGUCCUGGUAGCUACCAUUCCCAUGAAUAAUUCAAGAUCAAGUCAGAGAAUGCUCCAUUCUAUCCACAUGAAACCAGAAAUCAAUCAUUUUGAUAGAAAAAUUCUCUUGAGCCUGGAGGUUAUGACAUCUAAAGGAAUAAUUACUUAAUUAAAUUUUCAGUAUAUAAAAUAUUGUAUUUCAAUCAUCAUAGUCUUAAUGUGA